AAAGGACAGAGGUGCAUGGAGGAGGACAGAGGAGACUGGAGGAGAACAGAGGAGCCUGGAGGAGGACAGAAGUUCCUGGAGGACGGCAGAGGUGCCUGGAAUAUAUCUGGACCUGGUGCCUCGUGCCUCUUCAACAUGACAUCCACAGAUACACAACCAGCCCACACUAAGGUUUCUGAUGAGCCCCCGAGUUACAAUCUGAUUACACCAUAUGCCCCCCCGGUUACCAUCCCACCAUCUGCCCCACCAAGUUCUCAAAUGGACACUGCAUUAGUGAAAGGCAUUUCCCCAGGCAUGGAGUAUCUCCUCCAGGUUAACCAAUUAAUGGUGAAAGAGAAAUUCACUGUGUCGCAGGGCUGGGGCUUCUCCUUUGAUGUGCUGAAUCUGGUUGGUCAGCGACUAUUCCAGGCGGAGCAGAACGUGGUGUGCUGCGGACCCCUCUAUGAUGUCAGGAUACGAGACAACAGCAACAACGAGGUCCUGCAUCUGCUGGAGAACUGCGGCUGCACCUGCACCCGGGAGAUGGAGGUGCACGGCCCCUCGGGGCAGCUGAUGGGAUUCGUCAAGGUGCAUUGGAACAAUAUGGUCACCCACCUGUCAUUGAUGAAUACCUCCGGGCAGGUCACCCUCAUCAUCCUGGGGCCCAGCUUCCAGAACAGCAUCUUCGGCAACGUCAGCUUUGAGGUGAAGUCUCCGGAUGAGCAGCAUGUGGUGGGGAUGAUAAAGAAGGAGACUGAUCAUAUUUUGCUUACUUUCCCAUUGGACCUGGAGGUGACAAUGAAGGCCAUGUUGUUGGGCUCCUCCUUGUACCUGGAAAAUCUCAUUAAAUCAAAGAGAAAGGAACUGCAGAGACGAGCACGUGACUGAUACUCCUGCAGCACAUCUCACCAAUAUCCCAUGUAUGCAGCCACAUGUAUCUGAGCACCUUCUCCGCAGAGCAUCAUAUAUCAUCCUCAGCAUUGCAGAGCAUCACACCCAGCAUUCCCAGGGAAAUGCUCCUCAUACUAAACACUAAUACUGCAGAACAUCUCACCUGGCUCACACUGAAGAGCAUCGCACCCACUAUACACCUGAGGAAUGGUGCCACCGUGGAGGGCUGGCUGGACGUGGACCCUGGAUGGUCAUGGGCUGGGAGGUUUAACAAGCCACUGGCCCUUUAAGAGAAACCAGUCUAAUAUGGACAAUGUGUAUUGUUCUGACGACCUGCAUUCCCAGAUGGUGUAUGUACAGGAUGUGUGAUAAUGAGCUGUAUUAUAUGUAUAAACGCUGAAUAAAUGCUGUAUCUGCUGCCUGA